CGCCGCCGGCAGAGCAGAGCGACUUUGCCCCGAAACUUUUUCUUUCUUAAAAAAAAAAAGAUUUUAAACUUCAGCCGAAAGUUUCAAAUUUAAUUUGUAGCCUCAAGAUCGCAAUGGCGAGCUAAAGCACUGAGCUGCACGAUUUUACCGGGUUUUCCUGUUUCACUUACCUCGGGACCUGGUCGUGAUGCGGUUCGGUUCUGUCUGGGCUUGAGCGGACACACUGGUGGCUCAUCCGGGUUGAUGACUAGGCGAUGAUGAUGACCUAUAUUACCCUGCUUUUAUUGUGGCUGUGCGUCCGGAGUGAAGGGAGACAAGUGGAGCGCAACAGGGCAGACCGGCUGCUGUUAUCCGAAGGUCUCUGUCGCUAUGGCAACAGCCUGGAGUGUUGUUGGGGCUGGACUCAGACGGCGUGGGGACAAUGCCGACCUCACUGUCAGCAGGGCUGCAAACACGGCGAGUGUGUGGCACCAGACAGAUGCAAAUGUCAUCCAGGAUUCACCGGCAAGGCGUGCAACCAAGACCUGAACGAGUGCGGGCUGAAGCCUCGGCCCUGCAAGCAUCGCUGCAUGAACACGCUGGGAAGCUACAAGUGUUACUGUCCCGACGGAUUCAAGAUGGAGCCAGACGGCAGCUGCAGGAACGCUCGAACCUGCUUCGAUGCCAACUGCCAGUACGGCUGUGAAGUGGUCAAAGGGGCGGUGAGGUGCACCUGUCCGUCACCAGGGUUGCGACUGGGUCCAGACAGACGCACCUGCGUCGACAUCGAUGAAUGCAUGCUGGGUGGUGCCGUUUGUCCUCGACGCAGGAAGUGCAUCAACACCUUUGGCAGCUUCCUGUGUAAAUGCCACCUGGGCUUCAAACUCAUCUACAUCAACGGUCGAUACAGCUGCAUCGAUAAGGACCCGCGACCCUUCUGCACCCUGAAUCCUGCAUCACCCAAGUGCCGGUGUAAAGAGGGCAACUGCAAAGCUGUUCCCAAAGUCAAUCUGAAGCCCCAUCGGCCGAGAAACGCACCCACCACUGUUGCCCCGGCCACCUUGACUACGGUUGCCAUGACAACCUCUACCCCAGCAGCCCCUGAAACACCUACGACCUCAGUUGUUUCCACUGCGUUACUGACUACGACCACCAAAUCCAUCCUCACCUCGCCUGAUGUUACAACUGCCACCACGCAUGAUACUAUACCAUUUACUACACCAGCUCCUGUUACCACGACUACCACACUUACUACAACUUCUCUACCUCUUACCACGACUACUACUCCUGUAACUACCACUACAGGGCCUGCUACUACCUCAGUACCUGUUGCUACCACGACUGCUUUAGUUACUACUAAACCUGUUACUACACUUCCUGCCACGUCACAUGUCGUCACCACAGCUUUAACCAGCAGCCCUGCAAUGUCCACCACCACCGCCACAGUAACUACAUCCACUUACACCUCCAUCAUCAACACUACACCUGAAGCAACCAACAGGCCUGCUGACACUACGGUUCCGGCGACGACAGGCAGGACAUGGAUGACCACGCUUGACAACAGGAUCAAUAAGGAGACCACUCACCGACAGCGAGGCGACGUGCACAUUCCUCGUCAUGACCUCGAGAACCAGGUGUGGGACUUUGAUAUCGAACUGGGCAACACGGCAGACGAUGCCAGAGACGACCCCGGGGCGGGUGGACGUCACUGCUCCUUUAACCGAGGCAUCUGCCACUGGAUGUCAGACCGAGAAGGAGACUUGUCCUGGGAGACUGUGGACAGCCCUGCAGGUGGACGGUACCUGUCCGUGCAAGAACUGAAGCCCGGGCAGAGGAGUGUCCGCGGUGCCAGACUGGUGGUUCAGGUGGACCCAGAGUGGCACUCCGGCGAGAUGUGCUUCCACUUCUCUCACUGGCUGACCGGGCAUCACGUGGGUGUGCUGCAGCUGUUCAUGAGAAAACGUGGACCAGACCACAGGUAUAGCCCCGCCCUCUGGUCCAGGACGGGAGGACACGGCUGGAGACACACGCAGGUGACUGUGGCAGCACAGACAGUGGACAGGGUUCUGAUCAAGGCGGAGAGACGAAGAGGACGACGGGGACAAAUCGCUGUUGAUGAUGUCACACUAAAUCCCGGCGCUUGCCGAUGACAUCACAGGAAAAAGGGACAUGUCUCGUUCGCAAUGCACAUCUUGAGUGACUUUGUUCUGGACCUUGGAGGAAGGGAUUUCUCGGAUCAUGACCAACAGCGGGUGAAUAUGUCGCAACUCGUGGUGGUCAAACAUUCACGGAACUCUACUCUGUAAGCUUGUGAAAUAUUUCCAGCAGUUUCAAUAUUUAACUUAUAAAUGGGACAUGGCUGGUCAUCAUCUGCCGCUCACAGGACAAGUGUGGAUCAUCUGUUACUACAGUUUUCACAAGAGUAUUUCACAGCCGUGUUCUUCGCCAUGUUCUUGAUGUCUUGUUUAAAUAGUACGAUUGCUCCCACGGGGCGGCACUUUCGAGUAUGAUUGUAGAGUUUGCCUGCGCAGCUCAGGUCUGUCAUCGACAGAGAAGCUGACGUCGACAUCAUGGUCUGUUUGAUUCCUUAUUUGAAGAUGAAACACUGUUUUGUGACAAAUUAUAAAGACAGACAGAUUAGCUGUAAUAACAACCGCCGCAAGCUGACUUUCCUUCUCUGAGAGCUUCGCCAAGGUUCCCUUUAAAAGUUUUAGGGGGAAAAUUCUUCACAAGUGCACACACUCACACACUGCUGUUUUUGUGGGGACAUUUCAUCGACUCCUUUCCCCAGCCUCUCACCCUAAACCUGACCAUCCAAAACGCAUGGCUCACCUCAACCAGGACUCAGGAACCAAAGUUAAACCCAAUUAUAAUGACCCAGUUAUUUUGAUGUUUUCACCCUCAAACUUUGUGGGGACCCACAUGUAGGUGUGUUUCUAAAAAAUGGUCCCCACAAGUAUAGCUUAACCAGGCACACACACACACACACAGAGUGGUGUUUUGCAGUUUUGUGAGGUUUCUCAUUGCCAUAACCCUUUCCCCAGCCUCUCACCCUAAACAUAACCAUCCAAAACACAUGGCUCACCUGAACCAGGACUCAAACUUUAAUUUAAUUCAAUUAUAAUGACCCAGUUAUUUUGAAGUUUUACUUUUCAAUUUGAGGCUUAACCUUGUGUGGUCUGGCAAAAUGUCCCCACAAGGAGGUGUGUUUCCAAGAAUUGUUCCCCACAAGUAGAGCUAUACAAACUCACACACGCACAGUUUUGUCACGCCAUCUUUGUGGGGAGCUCUCAUUGCCAUACCCCUUUCCCCAGCCUCUCACCCUAAACAUAACCAUCCAGAACAAAGGACGAACCGUAACUAUGACUCUGAAUCAAACUUAAAUUCAGCUACAAUAUCCCAGCUAUUGUUGAAGAUUUUUCCCACGAAUAGGUCCCCGCAAGGACGUGUGCUUCCGAAAAUUGGGCCCCACAGGUAUAGCUGUACAAGUUCGCAUGCAUGUACACAGAAACACACGCUGGGUGGAGCUGCCGGAAACAUGAUAGUUACUUGACGCUCAACAGAUUCCUGAGUUUAUAGAAAAACACACAUGCAAAGAGUGAAACCUGUGAUUAACCUUGUUGC